AUGGCUAAUCUCCAAUUUCAGAUGCCACUCCAUGGUACACAAAACUCACCUAAAUUUAGCAGAGAUUCACCUGCACAGCUCCUGCAAUACCUCAAGGACAUCAACUUCCUUGGUACUCUCACUGCUCUUGAUGACCAUGGCAAGAUCAGAGCUGCAAUCUGCUAUGCUGACCUUGAAGAAGCCAAGGUCUGGCAAACACUUCUGGAAGCUGCACCCAUGGCCAAUGACUGGGAUGCCUUCAUAGUUGCUGUUAAGGGCUUGUACUCUGGCUGUGAAGGUGAUGACCACUACUGUCAUGCAGACUUGCAGCACCUCAUCGAAGAAUACCAGUCCAAGCCUAUGCAAAACCAGGAUGACCUCAGAGAAUACCAGCAAAAAUUUGCUAAGAUUUCCACCCUCCUCAUUAAAACUAAAAAGCUAGCAGAGACAGAAUGGGAUUCCAUGUUCCUGAUCAGCUUCCCAAGGGCCAUCACAGAUCAUAUUCAUCACCAACUCUCCAUAGUCUGCACUGACCUCCACCCAGAUUACCCAUACCCACUUGCAGAAGUCAUCAAAGCUGCCAAGUUCCUCCUGACAGGAUCUGUGCUCCAUGGCGUGCUACCAACAUUGGCUACCACAGCCUCACCAGCCACACCUCCCUCACCAGCUUGCAUGCCACAAGUGCCACCUGCUGGCACUGUUGUUAAACAAGAAUACAACUUCCAGAUGCAGCACCUGCUGCAGCAAUGCAGACCCAGCUGUGGUUUCUGUGCAGACCCCAACCACUGGACAAGGAUGUGUGCACUCAUUGAAAUGGAAGCUGAAUCCCAUGCUUCCCUGAAUGCCAGUGCACAUGCUGUGACUCCAGCUGCUCCAUGCAACAUGGCCACACAAGGCACCACUAAUCUUUUCUGCAUUGCUCAUCCCAAAGUUGACAUGCAGUUGGAGAUCCAGCCUUCUGCCUUUUUAAACACCAUCCAAGAUGUCAAUGAACCUGUUGCAGACUUAGCUGACCCUGACUUCCAAGCAUAUGUUGCUCAAGCUUGGGCUACCUACCAAGUGGAUAAAGGUAACAAGGGCACAGUUGUUUCCUGUGGAAAGAAAGUGCGCUUUGAUGGGGUUGAAAUUACAGCUCAACCCAUGGCAUGUCCAGCCAACCCUCCACAAGUCAAUCCUCGCACAGCCACUGUCAAAGAGGAAAUCAUUUCCCCUGGCAUUCAAAGUUCAUGUGCCACUCACCAGGCAUCUGAGCCCUCUGCAUCUGUGCCAAUUUCCACCACUGUGAAAUCAUAUGUUCCUCUGACUAAUCCCAUUCCAACAACCACAUGCAAAGAUUCUGCACCCAUGGCAAUUGUCCCAUCACAAACACCAUACCUGGCAGCAUGCAAUCAGAACCAGUAUUGUUACUUGUUCCCACUUGAAGACAAAGCCACACCCAAACAUAUCAUGGAGUGCAUACUUGAAACCAGCAUUGCCUUGCCAGUCAAAGAAUUGUUUGCAGUAGCCCCUGAGUUUUGCAAACAGUUCAGGGACAUCACCAUGGCAAAAUGUGUCACCACCAAUGAGAUUGAGGUUGUUCGUAGUGAAGAUAAUGAGGGAGUACAUGUAAAUGAACUGACUGGUCACAACCCUCAACAAGCUGUGCAUGAAUAUGGAGACCAUCUCAUCCGCAGUGACAAUGGUGUCAUCAUGGCUCACCACACUCUACUGCUCUGCUGCAUCGAAGCCAAGGCUGGUUGCUCUGACCUUCAUCCAACCACUUUCCAUACUCCAUCUCCUCAAAACCAAGAUGAUGGGCCUGACCCUGAUGACCCUGAUGGUGAUCCCAAUGGCAGGGGCAGCAGUGACAGGGAUAUCCCUGAAGACCUGGCUGAGCCACCAGAGGAUCCCCUCAUGGCUCUUGCUAGAGCUGUCCAUGCGCUUGCACAGUCUAGUUCACACACUGGGGACUCUGCUCCAAAAACCAAAGUCCAUGAGCCUGACACUUUUGAUGGCUCUAACCCUAAGAAACUCUACUGCAUCAAGGAUGAAAUCACUUGCAUAGGAAAACCUUCUACCCUCACACAACUCCACAAACUCACUCAGACCAUUGAUGCAUGCUACUGGGAGCAUGAAGCAGAGAUCUCACACACCACCAAGUCUGCCACCAACAGGUCACAGCCUUCCAGCUCCAACAACAAGUCUAAAUUGUCGUCCUCCACCUCCACUCUGAAGUCCAAUGCCAAGGGCAAGGGCAAGCAAAAGGAUCUGCCCAAGUCUGAUAUUGCCCAUCUUCUGGGCAAGGAUGGAAAACUCACCUGCACUGAACUCCAGCAUAGGAUGAAGAACAACCUCUGCCUCUUCUGUGGAGAGGCUGGCCACUCCGCUAAGGACUGUCCCAGGUCUACCUCUCGCACAGCCAAAGCCCAUGCAGCUAUGGCUGGGACUCUGCCUCCUCUGCCCGCAGAGAAGGCAGAGCCAAAAAAUUAG